CCGUAAAAAUUGAUCAAGAUGAAGAUGAUGAAGAUGAAUCAUCUACAUCUGAAAGUCAAGCUUUAAGAGGUCUUGGUGGUUAUAAUGGUAGAUUAAGAGGUCAUAGUAGUUGUAGUAGUAAAUUAGAAGGUUAUGAUAGUCAUAAUGGUAGUAGACUAAAGUUAUAG